CAAGCACUCAGAAAGGAUCCUCCCCCUUCUUGUUUCACUUUUUUUUUCUAUUUCUGGGUCAGAGAUAUCCAUCAUGAUGCGCCUUGUAGAUUCAGUCACAAAAGAGAGUUAAGGCAGCAGAACCUUUCUCUCUCUUCCUCUAACAAGGAGAUAUCCCUACAGAAAAGCACUUUCCCUUACUCUACCCCCAAGGUGUCAGAAGAACUGAAAGACAGAACAGGCAAAACAGAAAUCUUCACCAUGUAGCAGAAGCCCCAACCAUCCAUACAAAUCGUGCCCUGGAACUUCUGGACCUCUCUGUAUUUAGAGAAGUUACCUCUAACCUGGCCCCAGAUCUCUUCUUCCAGUGCAGAGGUUGCCUUUGGAAUUAUCACAAGGUGUGAUGGAUUUAAUCAGCCUCUCGUGCUACUUAUUCAGUUUCUUUGUCCCCAUUUUCUUCCUUGAGACAUCCACAAUGGCCUCAGGGAGAUUCACAGUUAUUGGACCUACAGGACCUAUCCAGGUCUCAGUGGGAGAAGUUGCAGAGUUGCCAUGUUACCUCUCCCCAGCACAAAGUGCAGAGCACAUGGAGGUGGCCUGGUUCCAAUCUACUCGGGUAGUUCAUCUCUAUCAAGAUGGGGAAGAUCAAUUUGGAGAACAGGACCCUAAUUACCAAGGGAGAACAGAACUGGUGAGAGAUUCUAUCUAUAGUGGGAAUGUCACUCUGAAGAUACGGGAUGUGAGACUCUUGGAUGAAGGAACCUACAAAUGUUAUUUUGAAAAUGGUUUUGAUCAAAAGGAAGCUGAUGUAAUGCUAAAAGUCUCAGGUGAAGAAGUUAAACCGGUAUUGGUUUUCUGGAUGAUCCUCUUCAUUGUAUACAUAAUUGCUGUCUGGGUACUGACAUUUGGCUUAUUCACAUGGUUGCUUCUGCGAUACCAAGAACAUCUUACCCAGACCAGUCCCUGGCUAUGGGAAGGAAAUGGUAUCCUGGCUGUAUCUUGGGCAUUUGAAAUUGAAAUUGCCUUGUAUUUCCUGUGGAUCCUGCUACGAUGCCAAGGGUUUUCUCACAAGGAAGAGUCUGACAAACUAGACUGGAUGGAUUGGAUGGCCUUUCUGAUCUCACUUUUCCUGCCCUGGAGAAUGACUAUGACACUUCUUGCCCUGUUCAAAAGACUGUGCUGCUGCCAAAUCAAAGGUUGCUGUCACACAUCUGAGUUAAGCCCAGGACCAGCACCCAAAACUUCAGUGACUCAGGGGUUCACCAUGGGACUACACAGGAAGCCUUGAAAGAUACUCUUUGACCCUGAAGAGACCAGAAAGCCCCUCCCUCUGUGCUUCCCUGAUGUCAUAUUAAUAAAAUAAUCCUGAGGUACCAUCUCA